AGUUGUUCUGAAUCGCCGUCGUCUCGUUUACCAAUGGCGGUGACCCAAGGAAAGGGACGAGACGGUCCCGACUUCUCCGCGCUGCCCGAAGGGUGCAUCGCCAGCGUGAUCUCCUUCACGAGCCCCGCCGACGCGUGCAGGCUCGCGUCCGUCUCGUCGGUCUUCAAUUCGGCGUGCGAUUCCGACGCUGUCUGGGCCUCGUUCUUGCCGCCGGGCUCCCGCCCGAUGGUCUCCCGGAGCGUUUCGUCCCUGAAGGAGCUCUACUUCAGCCUCUGCGACGACCCGGUUCUCAUCGGCGAUGGCAAAAUGAGCUUUUCGCUGGACAGGCACAGUGGGAAGAAAUGUAUCAUGCUAUCAGCUAGGGCCCUGUAUAUAAUAUGGGGUGAUACUCCGAGGUACUGGUCUUGGAAUCGCAUGCCCAACUCCAGGUUUGCAGAAGUUGCUGAACUGAUCAGUGUCUGUUGGCUCGAAAUUAGAGGCACAGUUAGUUCUCGCCUGCUGUCGCCCGGAACCCGUUAUGCAGCGUACUUGGUAUUCAAAUCCACCCUGACAUCAUAUGGAUUUGAAUUCCAGUCUGUUGAGGUUGGAGCUGCAUUUGCUGGUGAUGAAGCGGGCAAGUGUGAGCGCUCAGUCUACUUAUCCAGAGAGAACAACAUGCGCGGACGGCAGUCCAGGCUGAGAUUUGGGCGCUUCGGUUUUGGUUUUCUACCAGCGCAUUUUGAAUUGGUCGACGACAACGAUUGUGAUGAGGGGCCGCCGACACCUGCACCUACCGAGGGGGACGGGAGCUAUCCUAAAGAGAGACGAGAUGGGUGGUCAGAGAUAGAGUUGGGCGAGUUCUUGACGAAGGAUGGAGAAGACGGGGAGGUUGAAAUGAGCGUCCUGGAGACGAAGGGUGGCAACUGGAAGGCUGGGCUGGUUGUGGAAGGGAUCGAAAUUAGGCCCAAGGAUGGGAAAUGAAAGUGCCUUCACGAAGGGCAGGUGUGAGUUUUUGUAUGUAGAGUCCCUUGAUUAAGAGCUUUUUCUGUCUGUUUUCCUGCUGUUCUUUUCGAUCUUCUUUUGUCCAUUUUUCGUGGCUUUCUAUCAAAUCCGAGAGCGUGCGUGUGAUCUAGUAUUGACUUUAAUAGGUGGGGAAAGCAAUAUGUCAUGGAGUUUUGAUCUGAUUAGCGAACGCCCAAUGCCUUCUGCAGAAAUUAUGCAACUUUGAUG